AUGGAUAACUACCAGAGAAUAGAAAAAGUCGGAGAAGGUACCUAUGGAGUUGUCUACAAAGCCCGUGAUCUCGGCCACAACGGUCGCAUCGUCGCCCUCAAAAAGAUCCGUCUCGAGACUGAAGAUGAGGGCGUCCCCAGCACCGCCAUACGUGAGAUUUCCGUCUUGAGAGAACUCAACCACGCAAAUGUCGUGAAACUGCUCAAUAUUGUCCACGCCGACGGCCACAAGCUCUACCUCGUUAUGGAAUUCCUCGACCUUGAUCUCAAGAAGUACAUGGACUCUCUACCAGUCACCGACGGAGGCCGCGGGAAGCCCCUCCCCACGGGAACAGCCACGACCGUUCGCAACCUGGGAAUGAGCGAGAAGGUGGUCCAGAAGUUCAUGCUUGAUCUGGUCCAGGGCAUCAAAUACUGCCACUCGCGCCGAAUAUUGCAUCGUGAUCUCAAGCCGCAGAACUUGCUCAUCGACAAGGAUGGAAACUUGAAAUUAGCUGAUUUUGGUCUGGCGAGAGCCUUUGGUGUGCCCUUGAGAUCUUAUACCCACGAGGUUGUUACUCUGUGGUAUCGCGCUCCCGAAGUGUUGCUCGGAGGACGACAGUACUCUACUGGAGUUGACAUGUGGUCCAUCGGCACUAUCUUUGCAGAGAUGUGUUCGCGAAAGCCCCUUUUCCCUGGUGAUUCCGAGAUUGACGAGAUUUUCAAGAUCUUCCGAACUCUUGGAACACCCGACGAGGACGCCUGGCCCGGCGUCACGUCGUACCCCGAUUUCAAACCAUCGUUCCCCAAGUGGCAGCGCGACUUUUCGACGCCACUGUGCCCGAACUUGGACGAUCAAGGCUUGGAGCUGCUUGACUAUUUCCUUAUCUGCGACCCCGUUACUCGAAUUUCUGCCAAGGCGGCGCUGAACCACCCUUACUUUGACGAGAUUCUGGAGCGAAAGUGA